AGACUUAGUUACGACCAAUAUCGAUAGCUACGCUUUUUUAUCAGUUUCUUCUGAAUUGCCAAAGGAUUUCAAUGUGAUAUGUGUGUGUGUUUUUUUCUGCUCGAUAUUGUUAUCUAUCGAUUUCAUGCUGUUAUUGUUGAUAAUGUUAUCGUUUAUAUGAAUGGAGACUUCUUACAGAAGUUCUCAAGUUCAGUCGUCCCGUAUCGAAUACUUUGUUGACAAAAAUUCGUGACAUUAUACAUUCGUUUAUGGGAAGGAAUAAAAUAAACGAAAGGAAAAGUCUUGAGUGUUUUCAUAAUUCCACAAAAUAAAAAUGCUGGAAAGUAAAAAACCUUCGCAAUUGAUAAAAAAGUUGCAAUCGAAUGAAGUGGAAUUGAAAGUGAAUUUUUUAGACGAAACAACCCAUACAUUUAGCGUAAAGAAAAGAUGCUCGGGAGCCGAGUUUUUACACCAAGUGUUCGACUAUUUAAAUUUAAUUGAACGGGAAUUUUUUGGCAUACAAAUCAUACCGUAUCACCAACACGAAGAAUUUGUGAUUUGGAUUGAUCCAAACAAACCUCUCCUCAAACAUGUCGCCAAAGAUGACCGUCAAAAUUGUAAACUUCAAUUUAGUGUUAAGUUUUUCGUGACCGAUCCAAGUCAAAUACAGGAAAAAUGUACCCGUCACCAAUUCUACCUACAAAUUCGCCGUGAUAUUUAUUUAAGAAAUUUAAAUUGUCCAUCUAGCACUCAAUAUCUUUUGUGUGGCUAUAUCGUCCAAGUUGAAUUGGGCGAUUACGAUGCCAUCGAGCAUGAUUCCGAUUAUUUAAGGAAUAUAAAAUUGAUGCCGAACCAGAAUGAUGAAGCGGAAUAUUGCAUAUCAGAGCAUCACAAAUUGCAUCAAGGUUUAUCGUGCGAUGAGGCGCUGACCAAUUAUUUAGAGCAUGCUACAAAAAUUCCAUUUUACGGAAUUUAUUUUUAUAAGUCGAAAGACUCGUGCGGCAAAGACAUCGAUUUGGGUGUCACAUCUUGUGGAAUGAUCGUCUAUCAAAAUGAUCAUGUGGUCAAUGAAUUUUCGUGGUCCAAAAUGCUGAAGAUUUCCUUUAAACGCCGCACAUUUUUUAUUGAAUUGAAACGUGAAUUGUCCGAAGAUUACAACACGAUGCUUGGUUUCAAGAUGAGAACGCACAAACAUGCCAAAGCCGUUUGGAAGACUUGUGUUGAAUAUCAUUCAUUCUUUCGAUUGAACCGUAAAGCGGUCACCAAAUCUACCUCAAAGCAAUCAAAAAGUUACUUCACUGCCUGUACGGAUAUCGCCAAAACAACCAAAGACCACGAAGAACCAUCAGGAAAACAGUUCACUAAACUGACAAAAAUCAGUCAAACAAUUGCGGAAAAUCGAAUGAAUGAAAAACAAUGCAUUACAAAUGCGACAAAUGGCAGCUCGACUAAUGGUGGAAAUGGCAAUGGAAAAUUGUCGCUGCUAUCCAUCACCAAAUCCUAUAAAACGUACGACAAUAAGGUCACAUCAAAACAAAUCGAAACUAUACCACGUAUGGCAUGGGAACAACAAAUGCCACAUGAGACAGUAGCACCCCAACCACUGUCGGCUGCUGAAUUGAUGCACAGUGCCGCAGCGCAUUUGAAUGAUAAAUCGUUGAUUACCGUUUGCAUGGAAGCCGAUGAACACGGUCGAUUCGGAUUCAAUGUGCGCGGAGGCACAGAUGUAAAUUUGCCCGUUCUUGUAGCUAGAAUUGCGCCACACUCACCAGCCGAUCGAGUUGUGCCAAAGAUCAAAGAAGGAGACAAAGUGCUCUUGAUCAACGGACAUGAUGUCAACGGAUUGACACACAGUGCCGUGGUGAAUUUGAUCAAAGCAACGCGCGAACACAAUCCAUACGGUCAACUUGUGUUAACGAUUAAGCCAAGCGUUGAAGAAACCGCCAUUACGGAGGAAGAAGAACCAAUUUGCCAAUAUGUUCCAGAUAAUUAUAUUGAUCAUCCCAAAUACGACGAUGCCAUAUUCUCACAAUCAUUAUUUUUGCUACGCGAUGGCUUGGCUUCGGGCGCCCUUUUGGAGCAAUUCGAACAAUUGUACAAAAAGAACGAUAAUCUAACCAUAUCCGAAUCGAAGAAGGAGGAAAAUAUGGCAAAGAAUCGCUAUCGCGACAUAUUGCCAUAUGAUUGUAAUCGAGUUGUGAUUGUAAACACUGCUGAUACCGAAACCGAUUAUAUUAAUGCAAAUUAUGUGAACAUGGUGAUACCGAAUGACUGUGUAAAUCGUUACAUUGCUACGCAGGGACCGAUGCAAAAUACGAUACUAGAAUUCUGGCGAAUGGUUCAGCAAGAAAGCAGUAACUUCAUCGUUAUGUUGACCACAAUUAUUGAACGUGGCCGCGUAAAAUGUGCUCAAUAUUGGCCGUCCAUGAAUGCAGAAAUGCAACUAUCGCCAACUUUUUCAAUAAAAUUGCUUAGCGAAUGUUCCGAUGCGACUGAUAGCUAUGUGCUUCGAAAAAUUGCGCUCAGUGACAGUGUG